UUUGAAUGACGAGUUCAGCUUUAAAGCACGUUGUAGCCGGUAGAUUUUGUGACUGUUUGAAUUUAUUGUAAAUUUGUUUAUAGGCAGUUUGUUACGUUUAAUAUCUUACUCUUGGUCCGUUUUCUUAAUCGAAACAUCUUGUGAAGAAGUGGACAGAAAUGGCAGGAGUGUGUGUGGAUGAGGGACAUGAGCUGCUCCAGUCCCUCACUGUCACUAUAGGAGCUACUGUUCCCACAGGCUUUGAACACACUGCAGCUGAGGAAGUGCAGGAAAAAAUAGGAGCCACUGCCAGAGUUAGCAAAGACCGAGGCAGAAUUUAUUUCGAAAUAACUACGGAUCAUCUGCAUAAGGUGCACCAUUUAAAGUCUGUGGAUAAUCUGUUUGUCGUGGUUAAACAUUAUGACAAUUAUCAGUUCAAAGAAACAAAGGAAGAAGCUUUAUUAGACUUGCAGCAGCUUGCUCCUGUGUUGACCUGGAACAAUGCCUUGGAGGUCUGGAAGAUGAACAACUCUCUGAAGAAGAAGAGGAGCCGCAAGAGAGGAGCUGCAGCCCCCAAAGCGAAACCUAGCAAUGCAACCGACCCUGAGAAACCCCAAGCCGAGCCUGAUGCAUCUGAGCUAAAAGAGAAACCUGGAAGUUCAUGUACUGAGCAGGAGCCGGGUCCUGAAGGAGAGCAGGAAUCCGAUAUUCAGGAGGCAGAAGCUAAGCCUCUGAAAUUCCGUGUGACUUGUAAUAGAGCCGGAGACAAGCACAGCUUCACUUCGAAUGAUGCAGCUCGGGACUUUGGUGGUGCUGUGCAAGAGUUCUUUCAGUGGAAGGCAGACAUGACCAGGUUUGAUGUGGAAGUGCUGUUGAAUAUCCACAACAACGAGGUGGUGAUUGGCAUUGCUCUCACAGAGGAGAGUCUACACAGAAGAAACAUUACUCACUUUGGUCCCACUACUCUGCGCUCCACCCUGGCUUAUGGAAUGCUAAGACUUUGUAAACCACAGAUAUCAGACAUCAUAGUAGACCCCAUGUGUGGCAGUGGAGCCAUUCCUUUAGAGGGAGUCAUUGAGUGGUCUAAUUCAUUCUUUAUUUCUGGAGACAACAAUGACAUGGCCAUCAGUCGAACUGUUAAUAACAUCAACUAUAUUAUAAAGAAAAAGCAAGACGGUGGCAGCACUUCUCCAGGUUUAUCUAUAGACACUGCACAGUGGGACCUGUGCCAUUUACCCUUGAGGACCAGUUCUGUGGACAUCCUCACUACUGACAUGCCCUUUGGAAAGAGAAUGGGCUCCAGAAAGAAAAACUGGGAUCUUUAUCCUUCCUGUCUACGUGAAAUGGCACGGGUCUGCAGGCCAGGCACAGGACGGGCCGUAUUACUGACUCAGGACAAGAAAUGCUUCACUAAGGCCCUAUCACGAAUGGGAGGGCUGUGGAGGAAAUCACACACAGUUUGGGUGAAUGUAGGAGGGUUGCAUGCUGGUGUUUUUGUGCUGCGCCGCACGGCAGCACUUUUUGGCAGCACUCCAGAAGAUGUAAGAGAGCCUCACAUUGGAUGUGAGUCACAAGAGAUCAACAUGGAGGAAGAGAAGGUUCAGUCAGCAAGAUCUGAAUGAGAUACUGUUCAAAUACUGUUCAAGAUCUGAAUGAGAUACUGUAUCUCUGAAAACAUACGAUACCUGUAAAGGUUUGACCCCUCAGUUAGGUCAUAUUCCGUUAGUACUGUUGGAAUACAUUUUUCUUUUCGCAUAUCAGCAACACAUGCCUUGUUUGUGGAAAUAUGCAACUAUAAAAAUUCACAUUGCAUGUUGCUCACAGACUGAACUGCCAUGUCAAGGAUUGUGGUCUUGGAUUGCAUAGUCAUUUCCUCUCCCAUGGAUCGUAAGACGUUAACAAGGAUCUUGAGCUGUAAAUGAUGUCAUUCUUCCUCCCAAGACACAUCAUUGUUUGGUUUUAUGUUUUGAAACACUGAAAAAGAAUAAAAAAACUUAAUAAAAUAAAAUAAACAGUAAAUUGGCUUGUUAGAGAAAUGUAUUUUAGGGGGAAUAGCUAUAUUGGGACUAUAUGUUUUUGAAUUUCUACCUUGUCCAUACUUUAUUGAGGUACAAUACCUAAAAGAUGAGUGAAUAAUUGGAUUAAUCUCUCUCUGUUGCUCUCGCUCUGUCUCCCUGCAUGUGUCUUUGAUGACAGUUUGCUUAGUUUAUUAGAAAACUCUUUAAAAAUGGUCUCAAUCAACAUUCACAAAAUGAAUAAACUACAAACAUGUAAAUGACUUGAA